UAAUUGCGUUCUUCGAGAUCGCAGACGGCUUACGUAUAUAACCGAUGCGCGGUCGAUCUUUCCCCUCAAACGCAACCAAAGAGUCCGAGUAAGAACUGGAAAGCAAGCCGCAAUCAGAACAUUCGCGAUAGGAAGAAAGGAAGCACUGGUGUACGAUGAGAUUGACAUUAACGCUCUUUUUGUUGGCUGUCUCGCUGAAUUGGAGCAGCGCGCGAGCUCGACAGCGCACAAAUAACGUUAUAUUAAAUUCCACCGAUCGAUCAAUCGAUCAACUAGAUUACACGCAAUCACGCAAAUCUCCAGAUGACGAGAGGUACAUCAAGCGGGUACAAAUCCACAAUCAAAUUGGAUUGGACGGUAAAGUGCGAGGGAUCCAUUCGGAUUCCGAUGAGGAAGAUAAACCGGGCAUUCACGCGUACGGUCUUCCGAAAAAACAUCUACAAGAUAACGGUAUAAUCGAAAGAUUGCAACUUGGAAAUGAUCACAUUGAUGAGACCUCGAAAAGUGGUCGAUUGGUGGAAGCUUAUGGAAUACCGAAGAAUAAGGUGGCGACUAAUGGCUUUAUAGAAAGACUGCCAUUGUCAAGCACAGAUCGUCAAUCAGCUAAGUUAGGAUCAGAAAACGAAAGUGUUAGAAUAAGAAGGUCUGUUCGUACGGGAUCUGAGAAUAAGGUCGAAGAGAAGGUUGCUAGCGAGGCGGAAGAUAUGGAGGCACAAGAUGCCAAGGUUUUCAGACCGCUCUUCGUCUACAGACAACAAGUAGCUGCUAGAGAACGACAAAAGCAUGCGAGGAACGUAGUACAUAGAAAUCACCGGCAUGCGACACAUCAACCUUGUUAUCAUCGACAAGUAACUUACUGAUUUUAUCGAGAAAGAACGUGAAUAUCGAUAUAUUCUUCAUUCUGUAGAAGCUAAACUAAUUAGAUUUAGACUAAUAAAUUUAGCAAAUUCU